AAAUGAGAUAGGAGAGACACUAGACUCUAGAGAACAUAUGUGUAAAAAGAGUAUAGACACCCAUCCAUUGAGAUUCGCCACGAAACUAACACGGGUGACCUUGUUAGUUGUUAUAGAGUUUGACACACCCAAAUGUUACAAGCAUUAAAACCAAGCUUUAUCUGCACAUCGUUUUGGCCCAUGCGCAGCUAUCUCUUUUAUUUUUAAAUAAAAAAGAUCAAUGAAAUCAUCAUAACUACGUUCUUAUCUUAUUUCAUGGAAGAGGACGAUUGAGAUCGGUAUCGAUACACGUUUCCAUUGAAAAGGGUAACAAAUUAAGAAAGAGACAGAAGGAAGAGGGGACCAAAUUUUGGACUUUCUGUUUGUUGCUUUCUUCCAUGGGCGAAUGUUGGAACCAUAGGAAGCAACUAAAUUCUCUCUUCUAUAAACCCUUUUGAUUUCUUCGGGACGACAGACAAACCCCAUCGGAAUCUGGGUUUUGUAUUUUCUUGAAAAAUGAGGAAUGAUAGUAAUAGAACCAGUGGCGCCGCCGGUGGCGGUGGCGGUGGUGGUGGUGGUGGUGGUUGUGGCGGUGCGGUGUCGCCAUUAGAGUGUGAUGUUGGGUUGGGUUUGAACAGCGAACCGUCUUAUCCUUGUAAAAAGAUGAGCUUGAUAAACAUAAACCAGUAUCGUCAUCACGAUUUUGGUGGUGUUUAUGGUAACAAUGGCAGCCAACAGUUCGUCCACCAGGGUAAUCCCACUAACCAACUUGCAUCUGGGAUUUCUUUCAAAUCGAUUACAGAUGGAGUUGUCGGAGCUUCUGGGAAAGUGCUUUUUACAGCGACACAGUGGCAAGAGCUCGAGAGGCAGACACUAAUCUACAAGUACAUAAUGGCUUCCAUUCCUAUUCCUCCGCAGCUCCUCCUACCUUCAUCCACUCAGUCCAACAGGACGAGUACGGGAAUAAGAUUCUCAAACGGGUCGGAUCCAGAGCCAUGGAGGUGUAGAAGAACAGAUGGAAAAAAAUGGAGGUGUGCAAAGGAUGUGGGUCCCAACCAGAAGUACUGCGAACGCCAUGCCCACAAGACCAGAUCACGUUCAAGAAAGCCUGUGGAUACAACUCAUAAUCCCACUGCAACUUCAUCAAAUCAGCAAACCAGGUGUCAUGAAUGGUUUAUAAAGAGUAGUGAGACACCCUUGUCUCAAUCUAAAAUGGAUGAUUGUUCACUUAGUUUAUCAAUGCAAUCUAGUGGGAAUGUGAAUGGAAAUGGAGUUGAGUUUGGGGAUCAAGAGAGUUUUCAAAUGGCUUUUAGAAUGUUGGAGGGUGAGGGAGGAGAGUGUGGGGAUGGGUUUAGAUCAAACCACCAAUGGCUGAACCAGGCGGCUUGGGAGGGUUCGAACCAGGGUUCGAACCCUUCGAUGCCUGGUGGGCCAUUGGGUGAAGCCUUGUGUCUAGGAAUGAGUGGUGUGGAUCAUAUGGGUCCAAAUGUAGCAUCUUCUUAUGGGUCUUAUGAAGGGAGUGAUGAUCGAAGUUGGUUUCUUUAGGUUAAACCUAAUCGAUGUUGGAUAUUUCGGAGUCCAAUUUUUACGUGUUUUGUUGUUGUUGUUGUUGGGAUAUGUUUUGAUACUUAGAUUCGGAUAAUGUAAUGGUAAAUCGACUACUAUGGAUUAGUGUUGAUAUAUCAAAAUCAAAUGACUACAAAGUGAA